GGAGAUGAUUCUUUCACGCGUAUAUCUGUAAUCUGUUUUCAUAUGGAACUUUUCCGAGCCUUUUUGUAGUAAUUAAUAAAUCAUCACAAACAAGUUAAGCAAGCUUUAUAGAAAGAUGUGGCCUUUGAACGACAAUCUUUUGAGAUAUAAAUAUAUGGAGCUGCUGAAUCUCAUAUAUAAUUUACGUCACACUUUCGUGGGUUCUCUCCCCACCUUGUCAACUGAUUUAGUUAUAUACAAGAGCUUGUUAAUCGCCUAUCAUUCAUUUUCGGUAAGUACUGUGAAUUUCGUAUUAACUGGUACUUAUAGUUCGCAAAUAACCUGCACGUCAACUUAAAAUCAUGGCAACGCUAAAAUUCAAAGAUCCCAUAUCACCGUUUAAGAAGCCGCAACCCUCGCCGCCCGAGCAGGACUAUCUUUAUCAGAAAUACUUGGAAGAUAUCGCGUUGAAGAAAGACUUACAUCAACCAAUAUUGAAACUUGCCCUGUUCGGUAUCGGUCGCGCUGGAACCAUUCAUUUAAGUAAUAUUGUUACUAAUCCUCGCGUAAAGUUGUUGUAUAUCGUCGACGAUGUUGAAUCUAAGUGGAAGAACCUGAGGGACUACUGGCACCUGGAUAACGUUACCUUCUUGAACAGUAAACAAUCAGAUAAAGUAUAUAAUGAUCCAAACGUGGACGCGGUUGUGGUCGCGUCACCUACGUACACUCACGAAGCGAUCGUGAAGAGUGCACUGGAAGCGAAAAAGGCGGUCUUUUGCGAGAAACCGGUGGCUGAAGAUCCCGUGAGCAGUCUAAAAUGUUACGAGGUUGCAAAGAAGGUUGGCAAACCGUUGUUCUGUGCCUUCAACAGGCGUUUCGAUCCUAGCUAUUCAGCAGUCAAGCACAGAGUCAGAAACGGCGAAGUUGGACACGUUCAGGUCAUUAAAACUGUAGCUAGGGAUUCUCCUCUCCCAACCUUGGAAUAUUUGAAAAUGUCUGGAGGUAUAUUUCAUGACUGCAUAGUCCACGACUUUGACAUAAUAUCUUGGAUUCUUGGGGAAUACCCAAUUAAGGUUGCUGUUCAAGCUCAUGCACACAUUCCAGAAAUUAAAGCCAUAGGUGACUAUGACACAGUAGUAAUAACCCUUUAUUUUCCUUCUGGUACCUUAGGGGUGAUCGACGUGUCACGAAACAGUUGUUUUGGAUAUGAUCAGCGUCUUGAAGUGUUUGGCCAGAAAGGUGUACUAACUGCAGACAACGAACGUCCCCUUUCUGGUGUUACCCUGCAGAGUGGUCUUCAGGGGCCCAACCAAGCUCCCAUGUGGUAUUCAUUUGCUAGUAGAUUCAUGCACGGAUAUUGCAGGGAACUAGAUCAUUUUAUCAAUAUUAUCCAUGGCAAGGAAGAGAUGUCCGUGCUGCCCAAAGAAACUCUGGCAAUCAGCAAGAUUGCUUCUGCAUGCGUGGAAUCUGUUCGUACCGGAAAAAUGAUAGAUAUUAAGUGGGCAAACAAUGAACUUCCAUAAAUAAAUGAUUGGACUGUGUAAAA